CACAGGCAUAUACAUGACCUUACAGUAUUAUCUAGAAAAACCAGAUUCUGUGGCUCUCCUUUAGCUUAAUUUGUUUAUAGUUUCUACCCAAUCUCUAUGAACAAAAACUCAAUGAGCUGCUAGCGGGUUCAUCAACAACUCAAUUCCCUCAACCUCGCUCGCUUCGAUUCAGCCAUGAAUGACAAAGUGGACAAGCUGGUCAUCUUCCUAGCAAAAAGAGAUGGUAUCGACAAGCUUGUCAAGACAUUCCAAUAUGUCUCCAAGCUUGUCCAUUGGCGCGCCGAGGCCACUCAACCAGAUAUCGCCCAGAGAGCCAAGCAGUGGGAGGUUGCGUCGGGGCUUAGCCGGAAAGCCUUUAGGACUGGCCGGUUUCUCACCGGAUUCAAUGCUUUGAGAAGAAGCCCCGGCACAACCCCUACUUUGCGGUUCCUAGCAGUUCUUGCUAAUGCAGGCGAAAUGGUCUACUUCUUUUUCGACCACUUUCUCUGGUUAUCAAGAAUCGGAACGUUGGACCCGAAGUUGGCGAGGAAGAUGAGCUUCGUGUCAGCAUUUGGCGAGUCUUUUGGGUAUGUUUUCUUUAUCAUAUCUGAUUUCAUAAUGAUUAGAGAAGGAAUGGUGGCAGAGAAAAAGCUUUUAACUUCGAAAGAGGUGGAAUCAAAGGACGAGAAAGAGAGGAUUAAGAAGAUUAGAGGAGAUAGAGUGAUGAGGCUGAUGGCAGUGGCAGCAAAUGUUGCUGAUUUGAUCAUUGGAGUGGCGGAUAUCGAACCCAACCCUUUCUGCAACCAUGCUGUUACUCUUGGCAUCAGUGGUUUGGUCUCUGCAUGGGCUGGUUGGUACAGAAAUUGGCCCUCGUAAUUAAUUAGCUCAAUAUUUGUAUCAAAAUCAUGAACCCCAAACAAAAAAAAAAAAAAAAAAAAAAACAUUGGACUUUGAAACACUUCCUGAACUAUAGCACCUAAUUAAAGUGGGAUUGAACGGUA